AUGGAGCGACUGGACAGAACCAUGAGCAAUGACAAAUGGAGAGCCCUUUUUCCAGAAGGCACUGUGAGGACUCUACCCCGCACCUACUCAGACCACUCUCCUUUGGUGGUUCUUACCCAAGGUAUGCACUCCUCUAAUCCUAAAAACAGGCCUUUUAGAUUUGAAGCUGCAUGGCUUUGUCAUCCGAAUUUUUCUGAUGUUGUCUUAAAUUCUUGGGCUAAUAUGAACUUUAGUCUUAUGGAAGCUAUUAAAGAGUUUACCAGUAAUGUGCAAACUUGGAAUAAGGAAGUCUUUGGGAAUGUCUAUAGACGUAAAAGAUUUCUCCUAGCUCGUAUAGAAGGCAUCCAAAAAUUCCAAACCCAUAACUAUUCCCAUAAUCUUUUCCUGCUUGAACAAGAUCUCAUCAAACAAUAUAAUUCCACUCUUUUUCAGGAAUAA